UCUAUUUCAGGAAGACUUGUCUAACCUCUUUCAUAAAGCCUAACUUUAGGGGCACGGUCUUUCAAACUGUUGCAGUCUCGUGUAAACCGUCAAUUACGUACUUAUUGUGCAUAAGGGUGCAUUCGAUUUGGUUUUUCUAGAAGAGACUAAGCUAAGUCUGGGACUAGAGUCUGGUCUGGGAUAGAGAACAGGGAAGAUAUUGACCGAAUUCUUUUGUUAUUCUGUGUCGAUGUCUGGAGUUGUUGGGACUUCUCGUUCUGGACAUACUGAAAGUAACUUCUUUGACAUUGACGACAUUUUAGCGUCAGAGCAGCGUGUGCCUUGCAAAUUCGAGCAGAAAGUUGUUGGUCUUGGUUUCAUUGAUCAAACAUCGGAUGAAGAUGACAUACAAGAAGGAACGAAACUGGAGUUGCCUCUGUGGUUGGCUGCAGCUCUAAGAGGCAGGAGGAGAGCUAUUGUGAAUGUCGAUUUGCCCAAGCAGUACAGAGAGGCGUACAGAGACGUUUUGACUGCUGAUGCAAAUGUGGUGGACUUACAUAAAUUGGGACCUUAUUAUUAUGCUUGUGGAACAAAAUUGUUGCCGUUUGAUCAUCCUGAAAAAGGAGCAGUCUCCAAAUCGUUGCUGGAGGCAUUUUUGAAUCGUUUUCGACGCAUUAUGGACACUGCACAAAACGCAUUUCAUGAGGAUGCUACCGAACUCACUGAAAAACUCGACGAUGUAGAGAAGAUGCUCUUUGUUGUGGGUCAGGUUGGUGUACAGCAGUUCUCUCAGUGGGAAAGAAUGGACAGCAGAAAAUUAGAAACUGCUUCAACGAUAGUUAACCACAGAAAGAGAAAACGAAGUCAAUUAGACAUUUAGGGUAAUCCAUGUUAUAUCGAUCUUUAGUUUGAGUCUAUGCAUUAGUAUUAUGUGUAAUUUCUAAUACAACUUAUCACUUAUCAAAUGCUAAGCAAACUAUUGUUUCAAUUUUAAUAUGUGCCGUUGAUACGGAAAGAGUUGCUUGAGCAAAAAGACAAGCGAAA